AUGUUUGCUGUUCCAGGCUGGUCUGUAUCUGCGGACAGCCUCAAAGCCGAAAAGGUGGGCGCCCAGGACGGGGCUACGGUUGGCAAGAAGCGUAAGAGGCCUGGCCGUCCUCGAGACCAGGAGGUCACUGCAGACAAUUUCACACAGCUCUACGAGUCUGUCGUGGAGGGAAGGAACCCCAACGCCCCAAAGAAGAAAGACAAGUCCUCCAAGCGUCAAAAGAAGGAUGGUGCCACAGAGGAUCUCCAGCCCCAGGACAAGGAAGACAACUGCUCUACAGAGCAGAAGCCCAAGCAGCAGAUUGACGGAAAGAAGUCAAAAGACAAGAAGGAGAAAAAGAAGAAGCGUGAUAAGCACACAAACCAAAAUGAGACUGGAGAUUCACAAGCCGCUUCCGAUGCCAAGGAGCCAGAGACUGCUGCUAUCCCCGCGCAGUUGCCGCCUGUACCGCCCAAGCUCACGCCGUUGCAAGCAGCUAUGCGAGAGAAGCUUAUUUCCGCUCGUUUCCGCCAUCUGAAUGAGACGCUUUAUACUAAGCCAUCCGAAGACUCCUUUUCGCUCUUCCAGGAUUCACCAGAAAUGUUUGACGAGUACCACGAAGGCUUCCGCCGCCAAGUCAAGGUGUGGCCUGAAAACCCCGUUGACAGCUUUCUUCAAGACAUUCGCAGUCGUGGCAAGGUCCGCCAGCCUAUCAAGGGCAAGCCCGGCGCCCGCCCGUCCUCUCUCGCCACCUCGCCUCUUCCUCGCACGGGAGGUACCUGCACCAUAGCCGACUUGGGCUGUGGCGAUGCCGCCUUGGCACAGUCGCUGCAGUCAGAGAAGGGGAAGAUGCGCAUCGACGUCAAGAGCUACGACUUGCAGAGCCCUCAUGCACUCGUGACCAAGGCCGAUAUUGCCAACUUGCCGCUCGAAGAAGGCUCCGUCAAUGUCGCCAUCUUUUGCCUGGCCCUCAUGGGCACCAAUUGGAUAGAUUUUAUCGAAGAGGCCUUUCGCAUUUUGCACUGGAAGGGCGAGCUCUGGGUGGCCGAGAUCAAGAGCCGCUUUGGCCCCGUCCGGAACAAGCACACUCCCGUGGAGCACAGCGUGGGCAACCGCAAAAAGGUCGCCAAGAAGGGUAAAAGUGCCGGCAACAGUACCGAUGCAGCUACCCCCAUGGAUCUAGCUGUUGAGGUAGAUGGCGUCGAGGACAAUCGCAAGGCCACUGAUGUUUCUGCAUUUGUCGAUGCCCUCCAAAGACGAGGGUUCGUGCUCAAUGGCGAGCGUUCUGAGGCCAUCGACCUUUCUAACAAGAUGUUCGUCAAGAUGCGCUUCAUCAAGGGUGCAACUCCGACAAAGGGCCGUGCUGCCAAGGCGCCAGAACCCGGCAGGGGCAACAAGCCUUCGUUCGCGCCAAAGAUUGGGGAUGAGGAGGAUAACGAUGUUAAUGAAUCAGCAAUCCUUAAGCCUUGUUUGUACAAAAUACGGUAG